CCUGGCCCUGCCCUCGUCCUCCCCCAGCCAGGAGCUCCCCACAGCACCCCGUCUUGGGAAGCCUGCAGCUGGGAGCAGCCCUGGCCGGAGAGAUGGCCGUGGAGGGCAGGGACGUGCUGGUGCUGCUGCCCACGCAGGAGCGGCUGCGGCUGGUCAUGGGGGUGCAGGCCACAGGGUGGGAGCUGUUCAGGCAGGUGUGUGACGAGGCCGGCAUCAGGGAGCCCCACUUCUUCGGCCUCUGCGUGGUCAGAAACAACGAGUACCUGUUCAUGGACCUGGAGCAGAAGCUCGGCAAGUACUUCUCCAAGGACUGGAGCCGGGAGCGGCCGGAGGGCAGGAGGUCCAGGGCCCCCUUUGUGGCCUUCCUGCGGGUGCAGUUCUACGUGGAAGACGGGCGGCUGAUCAGCACCCGGACGGGCCGGCACCUGUACUACUGCCACCUGCGGGAGCGGGUGCUGCGGUCCCAGGGCACCCACUGCGAGGAGGCCUACUUCCUGCUGGCGGCCUACGCGCUGCAGGCUGACCUGGGCAACCACCGGGCCCGCGCCCACGUGGGGCGCUACUUCGAGCCCCAGGCCUACUUCCCGCAGUGGAUCAUCGCCAGGAGGGGCAGCGCCUACCUCCUCAGGCACGUGCCCGCCCUGCACCGCGAGCAGCGGGGCCUGCGCCCCGGGGAGGCCGAGCUGCGCUACAUCCGGGAGGCCUGCCGGCUGGAGGACGUGCCCGUCCACUUCUUCAGGCUGUUCAAGGAUAAGAAGGAAGAAAGACCUACCGUUGUCCUGGGACUGACCCUCAAAGGAAUGCAGGUCUAUGAGGAGGUGAACCACACUCCGCAGCUGCUCCACGACCUGCCCUGGCCCCGCAUCGGGAAGCUGGCCGUUCUGGGGAAGAAGUUCAAGAUCCGGCCGGACGGGCGGCCCGCGGCCCGCAAGCUGGAGUUCUACACGGGCUGCGCCGCCCGCGCCCGCCACCUGCUGCGCCUGCUCCGCGCCAGCCACCAGCUGCACCUGGCCCUGCGGCCCGUGCUGGCGCAGCUGCGGCUGGAGGAGGCGCGAGAGAAGAAGUGUUACCGGGAGACGUACAUCAGCGACACGCCGGAGCUGGGCCUGCGCCCCGCGGGCCACUGGGACAGCGGGGACAGCAGGGGCCGCAGCCAGCAGCUCCCCCACCGCCUCUCACUGCUCUCGGCCGACAGCCACGGCAGCUCCCACGCGUCUGGCGUGGAGCCUGGGGAGAUGUCAGUGGAUGAGCCCUCCGGGCCCACAGCCCUCCCCGGGGAGAGGGCGUCCUGCGGCUCCAGCCUCAGCCCCAGCAGCGGAGACACAGCGGGUGGCAGUGGAGGCCGGCCGGGGCACGAGGGGGACACGCAGGACCCGGGGCACCGGGGGAGCGCCUCUGGCCCCCGGGCGGUGGUGCGGGUCACGCUGGUCAGCAUGAGGGGCUGGAGCACCGAGGCCCUACACCAGAUCCCGGGGGCGGCCCCCCGCCACGCCCACGCGGACCCGCUCACCCGCAGCCUGGAGGACCUGCGCCCGCGCCCCGCCCCGCGCGCUGCCCGGAGGCCCGUGCCCGCCCCGCGCAGCUGCCCCCGCGGCGUCGCGCCGGACCCGGGGCCCACGGCCCGCCUCUCCCUGGACCUCACGGGGGACCCGCGCCUGGAGGAGGUCGCGGUGUAGCCCCGCGAGGCUCGGUCCGCCCACGCACCGGCUCUGCG